AUGGGGGAUCAACCUCACAUUUGUCCAGAGUGUGGGAUGAGGUUCAGUUAUCUUGAAAGUAUGCAGACUCACAUGUUAGUUCAUUUAGUCAACAAACCUCAUGAGUGUCAGGAGUGUGGGAUGAAAUUCAGUGACGCUGGAGAUUUGAAAACUCACAGAAUGGUGCAUACGGAUGAUAAGCUAAAAAUUGAAAAUGAGUGUCAGGAGUAUGGGAUGAAAUUCAGUGACGCUGGAGAUUUGAAAACUCACAGAAUGGUGCAUACGGAUGAUAAGCUAAAAAUUGAAAAUGAGUGUCAGGAGUGUGGGAUGAAAUUCAGUGACGCUGGAGAUUUGAAAACUCACAGAAUGGUGCAUACGGAUGAUAAGCUAAAAAUUGAAAAUGUGGUAGAAGAUUCAGAGAAUGUUUAA